CUCUUUUUAUCUUUUCUUAUAAUACAUAUAUGGUGUUAACCUUUGUUUAACACAAUCCCAAAUACAUUUUGAAAUAAAUACUUUUUGGGUGUGAUUAUGAUGAGCAAGGGUUUGAAACUGAAAGCUCUCUUCUCCACCAAAGCUCAAGAAAAACUCGAAGAAGAUGAAGAACAACGACAAUUACAAAGAACAGCUUCUCAAAGCUCAUAUAUGAAGCAAAGCCGAAAGAUCUUUGUCAACAUGGUACCGCAUCAAGACUUGGAAGACUCAAUUCAAUUCUUUUCUACCAAUCGUAUACGUACUGCCAAAUAUACACCUCUCACUUUUGUACCAAAGAAUCUUUUUGAACAAUUCCGGAACGUGGCAAAUCUUUAUUUCUUAUUUUUGGUGGUCUUGCAAUGUAUUCCUCUUUUUGGUGUGACAGAACCUGCUGUAUCUGCCAUGCCUCUUCUCGCAAUUUUAUUGAUCACUGGGAUCAAGGAUGCUGUCGAAGAUUUCAAACGAAACAUGUCUGAUCAAAAGGUGAAUGGUGCCAAAGCUCUUGUUUUAUCUCAUUGGACAAAUGUCAAUGUGCCUCCUGAACCUCAAGAUGUUUUAUAUCAUUGGCAUGUGUUUUUAGGCUUCUUCUCCAUGUUGGCUGGGGCGGAAAAUCGUUAUUCUCAUGUUUAUCGUAUGUCCACCAUCAAAGAUUCUCCGAUCGUCAAAGCUGAUAUUGAUAAUGAUAAUGACAACAAUAGUUUACAUCCAUCACAUACUUUUAUUCGACGUCCUUCCUCUUUAGCAACUCAAGAAGGUGGUCAACCUGUCCCUUCUGAUUAUCCACAAUAUUUGGAUCCUCCUCCUUCAAUACAACAAAAGAAACUUCCUUUGGCUUCCAAAAAAAUCUUGAAUACUGUACGACAACGUUCUGAUACUCUGAGAUCCGAAAUAUCCAAUAUCUUCAAACACACUAACAACGAUGAUUCUAUUUCUCAACAACGAAGAAAAUCGAAAAAGUUUUACCGACCAGGCACUAUUCCUCAUUCAGUACUCUAUCGGAAUCCUAGUCCUAUGUCUGGAUAUCCAAAUCAAGUCGCACGACCUCCAUCUUCAACUGUGAAUACAAUGGCUGGUGAUAUAAAAUGUGCUGAUAUGCUUCCAGGUGAUCCUCCAGCUCCCAAUUGCAAAUCAUGGUGGCAAGUGAUACAAUGGCAAGAUGUCAAAGUAGGUGAUUAUGUCAUGUUACGCAAUGAUGAUGAUGUCCCUGCAGAUAUGGUAGUAUUAUCUUCAUCGGAAAAGGAUAGUAUUUGUUGUAUUGAAACUCAAAACCUCGAUGGUGAAACGAAUCUCAAGAUACGUCAAGGCUUGACGGCAACAAAGGAUAUUGGAACAGUACAUGAUUGUGAACGUGCUAGAUUUUAUUUGGAAUGUGAACCUCCUCAUCCCAAUAUUUAUCAAUUCAGUGGUGUUUUGCGGUGGAAUAUCGAACGACCGGUUUUAGACUCUAGUGAUGAUGAUGAUGAUGAUGAUGAUGAUGAUGAUAGUGACAAUAAUGACGACAAUCCUAAUACUGGAGAAGCUACCGAGCCAUCAGACAGUGCUAAUGAUAUUGUUACUCCUUCUUCUCCUAUCUCCGGCCAAUCAUCAAGUGAUAUACCCAUGGUUUCUCAUCAAAAAACUGAAGCUAUUACUCAGAACAAUAUCUUACUUCGUGGAUGUGUCCUCAGAAAUACUGGUUGGAUUAUUGGUAUGGUCGUAUAUACUGGGAAUGAUACCAAGAUUAUGUUGAAUACUGGACGUACUCCAUCCAAACGCAGUCGAUUAGCUAGGAAAACAAAUCCUCAUGUAAUUGCAAACUUUGUCAUUCUUGCCAUUCUUUGUCUGGUCACUGCAAUUUUAUCAAGUGUGUUUUUUAAACAAGGUGGAUCUUCUCGUUCUUUUGAUUUCGGUAUCCAAGGUCCGAAUGCGUCUUGGCUUGGUUUUGUCACAUUUUGGGUAGCUCUUAUCUUGUAUCAAAAUAUUGUACCUAUCUCAUUGUAUAUAUCUGUAGAAAUUGUCAAGACUUUUGCCGCAUAUUUUAUUCAUGCUGAUAUUGAUAUGUACCAUGAACAAACUGAUACAGCUUGCCUUCCUCGUACAUGGAAUAUAUCUGAUGAUUUGGGACAGAUCGAAUACGUCUUUUCCGACAAGACGGGAACAUUGACACAGAAUGUGAUGGAGUAUCGCAAAUGUACUAUUGGUGGUAUCGAAUAUGGGUUAGGCGAAACUGAAGCAACAUAUGGCUCUUAUAAACGAGACAGUGGACAUCAAGAAAACGAUAUCAAUGGAUCAAUAGUGGAAAAAACAACAACCGUCGAAGAAAUGGAGGAAUACAAAAAACAAAUGUACGAUUUGCAGGCCAAACUCUUCAAAAAUCCCUAUGUUGGCAACAAUCCGACAUUUAUUGAUCCAAAGAUAUUCCAAGAUCUUAGCAAGGACAACGAUCAUCGAUCUUCCAUCAUUCAUUUUUUCUCGACUUUGGCACUCUGUCACACUGCCAUUGCCGAACGAUCCGAUAAGAAUCAAGAUAGCAGCAGUACCAUUGAAUACAAAGCACAAAGUCCAGAUGAAGCAGCACUUGUGUCAACAGCUCGUGAUAUUGGGUUUACAUUUCUUGGAAGGGAGGCUGAUCUUCUCUCGGUGAAUAUUAUGGGUGAAAUCAAGACUUUUGACCUAUUAAACGUUUUGGAAUUCAAUUCGACACGCAAACGAAUGAGUGUGAUUAUUCGACCAAGGGAUGGAAGCAACAGGAUUGUGUUACUGUCCAAAGGUGCAGACUCGGUCAUUUACGAACGAUUAUGUACCAAUUUUGGUACUCAACAUGAUCUUGAAUCAAAGCAACAAAAUAUACGCGAUGAUACAUCAACUCAUUUGGAAGGAUUUGCUACUGAAGGAUUACGGACUCUCUGUUUAGCUUAUCGAUUUAUCGCGGCAAAUGAAUACGAGGAAUGGAAUAAACGAUUUAUGUCAGCCAGCUCAAGUAUCUAUGGUCGUGAUGAAAAGGUUGAUGAAGUAUGUGAAGAAAUUGAAAGUGAUCUACUGUUGAUGGGUGGAACAGCGAUUGAAGAUCGACUACAAGAAGGUGUACCUGAAACUAUUGCAUUGUUAGCUCAAUCUGGAAUCAAACUUUGGGUGCUUACAGGUGACAAGACAGAAACAGCCAUCAAUAUUGGAUAUGCAUGUAAUUUGAUCACUACCGAUAUGGAACUCCUGAUUGUCAAGUCAAGUACACGCGAAGGAACAUUGGAACGUAUGAAAGAAGUCUUGGAUCAAAUCGACAGAGAAAUUGGUGAUGAUACAAACAAUGACAAUGAUGUUGGUGGUACUGGUAGUAGUGGUGAUUGCAAACUUUUUGGUCAAGAUAGAAAGGCUCGUCGUCGAUCCUCUCAACCAAGGAAAUAUCAACAUAACCAACAACAACAACAACAACAAGAAGAAGAAGAAGAAGAGAAUGAUCAACAACGUCCUCAUCAUCAAAGGGUACAACAAGGACAAAGCGUCAAACGAGCAUUGGUAAUUGACGGAACGACUCUCAAAUAUGCUUUGGAACCCAAAAACAAGUAUUAUCUCCUACGCCUCGGCAUGCAAUGCGCUAGUGUGAUCUGUUGUCGUGUAAGUCCUAAGCAAAAGGCUCAAGUGGUGACUUUGGUCAAACGUGGAUUAGAUGUGAUGACAUUAGCAAUCGGUGAUGGAGCUAAUGAUGUUUCGAUGAUUCAAGAAGCAAAUGUUGGUGUUGGUAUCUCUGGUGUAGAAGGUCGACAAGCAGUUAUGUCCUCUGAUUAUGCCAUUGCUCAAUUUCGGUAUCUUCAAAAACUGCUUCUUGUCCAUGGCCGGUGGUCUUACUUGCGUACGGCUGAAAUGAUCAUGGGAUUUUUCUUCAAAAAUAUCAUUUGGACUUUUGUUUUACUUUGGUAUCAAAUCUUUUGUCAAUUUACUGGAACAAUGAUGUUUGAUUAUGCUUUGGUGACACUCUACAACUUGAUCUUCACUUCACUUCCGAUUAUAUUCCUUGGCAUUUGGGAUCAGGAUCUGAAUGCUUCCACUUCAUUGUUAUAUCCGGAAUUAUAUCGUAUGGGAUUGAGAGACGACAAAUUUAAGACCGUUCGAUUCUGGAUGAAUGUGAUAGAUUCGAUAUUCCAAUCUUCAGUGUGCUUCUUCUUCCCUUACAUGCUUCUUGUAGCUGGUGCUGUUGACCCAUCUGGAUAUGAUCAAAAUGGCACAUAUGAAAUAGGUACCAUCAUUGCCAGUUAUGCGGUGAUUGUUGCCAACUUAUUUGUGGCUUUCUCUCUGUACAGUUAUACUUGGAUUCAACUCUUGAUCAUCUCUCUCUCCAUUGCAGUCUACUAUCUGUUUACAGCUGUUUACUCACAAUUCAUCAGCUUCAAUUUCCGUGGACAGGUCAAAUUAUAUGGGACGGGAUUAUAUUGGCUUGUACUUUUAUUGACCGUGGUUACCUGCUUUAUUCCUCGUACUUGUGCAAAAUAUUAUGGACAUCAAUAUCGCCCUUACGAUAAUGAUAUUAUUCGAGAACGCGAACUGAUAUUACACAAUCGACGACAUUUGGAACAACAAGAGGAAAAAUCUUCAAAAGAAACUAUUCAACCUUCUCUACCCACUGACAAAGAUAAAUCGACAACAACAACGCUUGGGCCAGAUCCAUUUUAAUUUUUUUUUCCAUUGUAUUAUGCCUCUCACUCUCAUUUUGAUUGUAUAUAUACUCAUCCCUAUUUAUUACUAUUACUGUUAUUAUUGUUAUAAUUAUUAUUGUUAUUAUUAUUUUAUUAUCUUUAUUCUUUUUAUAUUGACUGAUUGGGCGUAUUUUUUUUUUUAUUCUAUGUAUUCUCCAGCCUUCACACUUAAUAAAUAAAACGUCGUUCAUUCUAUCUACAGAAGUGAUA